CUGAAAGACUAAAGAAAAUGAGGACAAAGAUGUUCAGUCAGAAGAUGGGAAUAACAGGCAGGAUGUGGGCAACACACUUAGGAAAGCAAAGCAAAUCUGGAUCAUUCUUGCUUUGGGGUCCAAAUGAAUAGGUGUGGGAUCAAAUGGUACAUAGUCACAGGUCUGCUGAUCGAAGUCUGUUGAUGUUUUCACGUAAUUACAAAAAGGAAUUCCUGGGCAUUUGUUUAGUAAUUUCUCUCAUAAUUUCUGAUAUUAUUGAUACAUAAAAUACAAUUCCAGAAAAGGUUGCCUUAAUAAACCUCCAAGAGUAGGUCUCAACAGAUUUCACCCAAUACUGCUUAUUUAUGAUAUUGAUUUAAUCUUGUAUAGAGUAAUGCUACACAGUUGACUCCCGGUGGAGAUUCUCCCAGAUCAGCCUAAACCACUGUUUGUCGACAUGUAAACUCAGCAAAAAAAGAAACAUCCUCUGCGUUUAUUUUAAGCAAACUUAAACUCUUGCACUAAGGCACCUGCAAGUUCUCGGACAUUUCUGAGGAGGGAAUGGCUCUAGCCCUCACCCUCCGAUCCCACAGGUCCCAGAUGUGCUCAAUGGGAUUGAGAUCCGGGCUCUUCGCUGGCCAUGGCAGAACACGGACUUUCCUGUCUUGCAGGAAAUCACACACAGAACGAGCAGUAUGGCUGGUGGCAUUGUCAUACUGGAUGGUCAUGUCAGGAUGAGCCUGCAGGAAGGGUACUACAUCAGGGAGGACGAUGUCUUCCCUGUAACGCACAGCGUUGAUAUUGCCUGCAGUGACAACAAGCUCAGUCUGAUGAUGCUGUGACACACCGCCCCAGACCAUGAUGGACCCUCCAAAUCGAUGCCGCUCCAAAGUACAGGCCUCGGUGUAACGCUCAUUCCUUCGACGAUAAACGCGAAUCCAAUCAUCACCCCUGGUGAGGCAAAACCGCGACUAGUCAGAGAACAGCACUUUUUGCCAUUUCUGUCUGGUCCAGCGACAGUGGGUUUGUGCCCAUAGGUGACGUUGUUGCCGGUGAUGUCUGGUGAGGACCUGCCUUACAACAGGCCUACAAGCCCUCAGUCCAAUCUCUCUCAGCCUAUUGCAGACAGUCUGAGCACUGAUGGAGGGAUUCCUGGUGUAACUCGGGCAGUUGUUGUUGCCAUCCUGUACAUGUCCCGCAGGUGUGAUGUUCGGAUGUACCGAUCCUGUGCAGGUGCUGUUACACGUGGUCUGCCACUGUGAGGACGAUCAGCUGUCCGUCAGGUCUCCCUGUAGCGCUGUCUUAGGCGUCUCACAGUACGGACAUUGCCAUUUAUUGACCUGGCCACAUCUGCAGUCCUCAUGCCUCCUUGCAGCAUGCAUAAGGCACGUUCACGCAGAUGAUCACAGACCCUGGUCAUCUUUCUUUUGGUAUUUUUCAGAGUCGGUAGAAAGGCUUCUUUAGUGUCCUAAGUUUUCAUAACUGACCUUAAUUGCCUACCGCCUGAAAACUGUUAGUGUCUUAACGACCGUUCCACAGGUGCAUGUUCAUUAAUUGUUUAUGGUUCAUUGAACAAGCAUGGGAAACGGUGUUUAAACCCCUUUUACAAUGAAGAUCUGUGAAGUUUAUUUGGAUUUUUACGAAUUAUCUUUGAAAGACAGGGGGCCUGUUGCACAAAAGUAGAAUUAAGACAUCCGGGAUAAAUGACUCAGCUGAGCUCAAUGAAGCCAAAACAUGUGCGUCCAGGCUUAAUUGGUUGCACAAAGACCAAGCCAGGAUGAGCAGACACGGAUUCAUUAAGCCAGGUGAAACCAAUCCUGGAUAGGUGCGCGCUCACGGCUCACUCAAAUAGACCCCGCCACAGAUCACAGAUUAACUGAUUUACCAUGGCAACUAGAGCCGCGUACUUUUCCCCGUCGGAAGCACAAAUCCUCAUGGAGGCAUACGAGGAGGUAAAAGAUAUAAUUAAGAAGAAAGGCAACACCGCCACAGUGAUAAAGCAAAGAGAAAAAGCGUGGCAAAGUAUUGCAGACCGCCUGAAUGCGUAAGUAGUGCACAAUUACACACUCACCGCUCCGCUGAAACAUCACAAUUAGCACAAUUCAAAUAUUUAAUUCACAUCUCCAAAAAUGCAGUUGUACUGUAAUUAUGAAACGGUUAAAUUUUUAAUUGAAAUGCACUGCAGAUAUGAGUGAAAUUGUGUAAAGUAACUCCAUCACACUGUAUAAAGCUAUGAUAAAUUUUUUGAUAUUUUUACUGAAAACAAGACAAAAAUACCAAGUAAUUUUUUGCAGUGUGACUCCAUUAAGUGUGUGUGUGUGUGUGUGUGUGUGUGUGUGUGUGUGUAGAUUAAACAUGAACGGGCCAAAACGGACAUGGCAGCAGGUCAAAAUCAAAUAUAAGAACAUUCUGCAGAAUGGUAUGGUCCCUGACUAAUAUUUAACAAAGCACAAGCAUAUAUUGUACCCAGAAGGUGCCUGCUCACACAUUGUCUGUACUGUUUUAGCAGUGAAAAAGAAUACCCACAGACAAGGCACGGGUGGUGGGUAACCAAAGGCUGACCUUACCCCAGAAGAGGACAUGGCCUUGGAGCUAAAUAAAGGCAGGCCCGUCUUAGAGGGGAUCCCUGGGGGGAAAGAGACGAGCAUAGGUUCCUCCCAAGAUGCCACCCGCUUCAUUCAAGUGUCUGGCAGCACUGUGUUCCUGUUAGAGCCACCAGCACAAGCACCAGACGAUGCUGAUCCAGGUGAAGGCCCCAGUGCAGCAGCAACAGCACAUGAUGGAGACGAUGAUGAGGAGGAGACCAUCUCUCUGGAUUCCAGAAGGCAUGAGGACCCAGAUGCUAUACAGUGGGAAAACCAGCCUGGCAACAUAGUGCGUAUUAAUAAAAGGACACCACAUCCUGCCAAAUUCCAGCUGCGCUAAUUGUAUUGUGUUCACAGAGCUCACAAGCUAUCAGAAAGUUGUAUGGCAACCACCUCCGGCGCCAAAUAGAACUGGCAGACAUAGACAUUCAGUACAAGAAGAAAAAGAUGGAAAAUCUUGCACUGGAGUCCGAAAUAAAAAGAGGACAAUUAGGAAACUGGACCUUGAAAUAAAAAAACUUGAGAGGGAGCUCCAAGAAGAUGACACAGCUCAAAAUAAAAAUUAGGUAUAUUCUCGUAAAGUCAAGUGAGCCAUGACAUAUGAGCUCUUAUUGUGAGCACACAGGACGGUGGCAUCUUUCUAAGGUUUUUUUAUUUUCCCAGCAAUCAGUACAACCAAGUCAUCGUUAUAAGGCAUCGCCCUCUUUUGCCCACCCCCAGCACCAGGUGUGGCCACUAGCCUAUAUGAAGGCCCAAAAUUGUGUGUUCCUUUCUGCUCUGACAAUGGCAUGCCCAUUCGUGCGAGAUGUGGUGGAUGAAGAAGCACUUGUGCUGAGGAGAGCCUUCAGGCGAGAAAGGGUCUUCAGGGACCGGUUGGACCCACUGGCCUUCCCUGAUGACCAUCUAUAUGAAAGAUACAGGUUUUCUGCAGAUGGCAUCAGGUAUCUAUGCAGACUACUGGGUCCCAGGAUUAAGCACCGCACUGCACGGAGCCAUGCACUGAGUGUGGAGCAAAUGGUUUGUGUGGCCUUGUGCUUUUUUGCUAGUGGAGCCUUCCUGUACUCAGUGGGGGAUGCAGAACAGCUGAACAAGGCCACAAUUUGCCGCACAAUAAGGAGUGUGUGUCUGGCUAUCAAAGCAUUAGCAGAUGUCUUCAUCUCCUUCCCUGGCCACAGAAGACUCUGUGACAUCAAAGAGGAGUUCUAUAGGAUUGCAGGUUUCCCCAAUGUCAUUGGUGCAGUGGACUGCACACACAUAAGGAUAAAAGCCCCCUCAGGUGCCCAUGAGGCCGAUUUUGUGAAUAGGAAAUCCUUUCACAGCAUUAAUGUUCAGAUGGUCUGCAAUGCUGACUGUGUGAUCAGCAAUGUUGUGGCAAAAUGGCCUGGCUCAGUCCAUGACUCCAGAAUCUUUCGGGCCUCUGAAAUCUAUCACAAGGUGAAUUCUCUGGUGUGUUGCUGGGAGACAGAGGGUAUGGCUGCCAGCCUUUUCUCCUGACACCUUUCACAGACCCCCAGGAAGCACAGCAGGCCUACAACCAUGCCCAUGCCAGGACCAGGGCCAGAGUUGAAAUGACCUUUGGCCUCCUGAAGGCACGCUUUCACUGCCUUCACAAAUUAAGGGUCAGCCCUGUUAGGGCAUGUGAUAUUACUGUGGCUUGUGCUGUCCUCCACAAUGUGGCCUGCCUGAGGAAGGAGAGGGCCCCCAGAGUGCCACCAGCCAUGGACUGGGACAAUCCGGCAAUCUUCCCUGAUGACGACAGUGGUCGGCUGCUGAGGGACCAAUAUGUGUUGAAUUAUUUUAGUUAGUAUGUGUGCUUUCAAUUUUGGUUAAAUAUGUCCUGCGGUGGCAGAGGAAUUUGGGUUUUUUGGGUUCGUUUUUUGACGAAUUUGGCCUCUUAUGAUGUUUGUGCGGUAUACUGUGUGUAAUACAAGGCUGCAGGGAGGCUACUGCAUCCAUUCAUUUGUCUGUUCAGUUGAUGUGUAUGGAUUUGUCCUGCAUUUAUUUUAGUGUGCAGACAUGCAGGGUGUGUUAUAUACAGACCUUUGAAUGUGUAUGUAUCAUUUUGUAUAAUAUGCUUGGAUUCUGUGCUUUCCAUCUUGUAGAGUCAUUGUGACUUCAGUUUCGAAAGGAGCUGAUGGUUUACCUGCUUUGUUUUGUCCUUAUUCAAUAAAGGAACAUAAUGUUACACAUUGUGUUUUUAUAUUCAUA